CACAUAAAUACUAGGGACCAUCGUGUUACGUCUCGCCGUCUGGUGUCCCUACUUUGGAAUGCCAACCGCGUUACGUCUUGUCGUCCGGUUGCAUACCCAACUCGGCAAUGGCAUUGCGUUACGUAUCGUCGUCCAAUACUGAUCCGACCAUCUACCGCAUCCAGUAGUGACACAACUGCCCGGGGUUCCUCUUACAUACAAACAUAUAUCACAUACAUAGCACAACGCGUGCCUCCACCUUAAGUAGGCAGUGGGAUUCCUCACACAUACAAUCGCGCUUACUCGAAAAUUAACGAACAUAGAUUGAAUGAAAAACAUAAACUAAAGAUCUCGACUAAAGAUCUCGACUGAGAUUUUACCCCCUUACACUCACCCUGCUACUCGAAGUCAACUCGGCUUGGACUAACCAUCCUUGCGCUUGUUGUCUCCAUUGCCUCAAUUGAUCACAUAUCUUUAUCUAUUUUCGUAGCCAAACAAAGCACCCAUUUCUUCACGACCAUGAGAACUAAUUAUCAUUCCCCAUGCAACAUACAAGCAGCCCUUGGUGGCUCUCAACUUCUCCACUCUACAAGACCAAUUAACUUGUCAAUUCUCCAUUACUAAACCAUAAUCAUCACGUAGAAAAAUGACCACGUGAAGCAAUCCUUUCCCAGUGGUUUAUUCUUGUAACUAUGUACCAUAUAAUUAAACCCACACAUCAGUUUAGCGACUUUACUUUAAUUAUCACCGUGCAUUCCCACCUUCCAUUUAUUUCUAUAUCUCUUGACUCUCGCAACUAGGAUAUAUUAUAAAAAUAGCACGAACUCUUUUGCAACAACUUUGCUUACCUUGCUAAUAAGGCCGCCAUGACCAUAGCUCAUAGAAUCACAAUCUUCCGCUCGCUCUGCCGCUAGCCGUAUUUGCUUUACCCGUCUCUGCACUGAUCGGCUUUGGAGGCUAUGACUAUUGCUUCAUAAACAUCUACCUUGAACAACUUCAAGACCCCGACUAUUGAUCCAGGAUGCUCAUGGAACGCCACCAUUCGCUUACCCCAGUUUGAGUUCUCCAUGCCGCCCCAUGACUCAUCCUGACCCCUUUGCUUGCAUUUGAUGAGUGAAGCUGGGAAAUUGAUGCGUUGAAAUUUGUGUUGGGGAAGCAAUUACAUGGGUUCGUGAUUAGGGGUGAGCUUGAGAAGGAUGUCCCAGUUGCUAUGUGGAGAGAACUUUGAGGCGGUAUGGUGUUUGCGAUUGAUGGAAAGGAGAUGGAUCCCCUGAUAGUUCUCUGAGGGAAAAGGAGGAUAACAGGACAAUGGGGAUUUUUGGUUUCCUGGGGCAAACAUUUGCUUUGGGAUUUAAUUGGGAUUAAUUUGGGGAUUGAAGGGUGAGAGGUUGAGUGGAGGAGUAACGGGUGUAACAGGUUGGGAAAACUUUUUCCCUUUUUCCUCAUAAAUAAUAAUUAUUAUUAUUGAUAUUAAUAAUACUAUCAAUAUUAUUUCUAAUUUACUAUCGUAAUCCUUCGUACGUAACUGUCGUCAAUCCAAACGUUCACUUAGUAGGGUCGAACCUGAACCCAUAAUUUCGGGGUGUUACAUUUCCUCCACCCUUAUAAAAUUUUCGUCCCAAAAUUUAGACUAUGUACUCGGCCUUUGGACUAAGACUCCUUGCAUUUGAUAGCGCUUGCCUCUACUGGGAUAUCACAGAAAGUGAAGGAGUUUUUUUCUGAUACUUAGAACAAGAGGAAGCAAGUUCGAUCAAGGAAUUAGCUCUUCAAACUCAUAUAAGCAAAAUUAAUAUGGAGCUCGAGGAUCUCAAGGAAGCGGCCAAUGUGGAUCUACCUCAGGUGGAGCAAGCAUUUGCUAUAAAUACAAGGUUAUCUCCCCAUCCUAGUGUUUCGUCCCCUCCUCCGGAACUACAACAAUAUAGCAUGGCUAAUGAACAUUGCACAUCUUGUCGACAGUUGAGGCAUCGAUUUGAGCGGAUGGAGGAAAGAGUUUCUGAUUGGGUUUCGAUUUGUCACCAGUGCAUGAAUGACUUUGGUAGGUUCAUCGAUGCUUCUAUGAAUCAAAUAGAUUUGAUGAGAGCAGAAACCAAGAUUUUGAUAAACUCCGUCAAGCUUAUUUCUGGUUCCCUAGGGCUUUUGGAAGAUAUUAUCAAAGAGGGACAGAAAAAUCCGAGGAACAACAAAAUUGUUCGCCAAGGAGUGAGUUGACAAUCAAGCAGGACUGGUUCGUGGCACACUCCCACCGUAGAGUCCUGCAGAAUGAUGAAGAUGCAGAUCGACUAGUUGACUCCGCAACGGUAAGAUUUGUGUCUUGACCAUUUAAAUUUUAACCAAUAUAAGUAUAUUGUGUAUGAAACUAACAAUUUUUUUAAUGCAACGUGCUCGCUACCUUUCGUACACUUUUGCACCUGCGGUUUGUGGCGCAUUGGGGACUAAGGAGGAGUGGCUGGAGCACCAUUGACGAGCCUACAAGAUACUCCACGGAGUGAAGGAUGUGUGGACAGAGUACUGGGUGUCUCAGGGACUCCCCCCUCCCUGAUGUUCAGUUGUUUUAGAUAUAUCGACUCGAGGAUAUGUAUAAUUGUGUUUAACUUAUGUAGUAUUAUGUUUGGCUAUUUAUAUUUGGAUUGGAUUUUUUUACUUAUGUUUGGCUAUUUAUGCUUGGAGGGAAGUUUGACUAUUUAUGUUUGCUUGCAAUAUUAAAAUACAAAAACCAUCCUGAAGGUAGUGUCAUUACCAAGAGACUGUAUAGUCAAACAUAACAUUCAAAAUAGAACUGCAGUGGACGAAUGCUGGUGCAGUGGCAAAAUACAACAUACAAAAUACAGCUAGGAAAACAACAUACAAAUAAAGCAAUGCAACACUAUGCAUUGCCCCUACCACUUCCCCUAGCUCUUCGAGGGUCUCUUUGUCUGACUCGUUGGCGAACACCAAGACUCGCCUACAAAUCGCCUACUAGUAAAGGCCAAACAAACCCUGGAUAAAAUUGCUCGAUGAGAGGGUAAGAAUAUUGCCAUGGGGGGCUCUGGGAUGAGUAAUCUGCAAACAUAUACCAAAUGAUAAUUAAUACUUGGACAAAAUUUACAAAAAAAAACCAUUUACUAAUAGUUGGACUAUAAUAUUAAAAUAUUAGAGUUGAAACUCAUCACCUAUAUCGUGCUCGUCGAAUUCACCUCUACUCGUUCGCCCCCUGCCUCCAUUCGAUCGAUACCUGCCUCCAUUCGAUCGAGACCUUCCUCCACUUGAUCGGGACCUUCCUUCACUCGAUCGAGACCUGCCUCCAGUUGAACCGGGCCCCGUACUCCUUGAACGAGAACACAAUCUCUCAUAAUAGGAAUGAAUGAGACUGGUACUUAUUCGAGGUCGCCCUCUCGUAGUCUCAUUCAUUUUCGGUUCCCUCCCAUUAUCCUCUGUUGUGUGAAGCCCGUAGAAUAGGGCAUCCCUUGCUUGUCUCACUGUUUCAGGACCUCUCUCUUCCAGCUCAACAGUGAGCUUCCUAAAGUGUUGUCGUUGAAGCUCAAUUUCAUCACUGACUUGUUGUUGCAAUGAGGGGUUUUUAUAAUCCAAAGUCUGCCAGAAUACAUGAAACUCCUGGGCAUAAAACUGGCAUCCUUCCUCCUUAGCUCUAACAACCUGGCAAGCACACUCGAGCCCAUGUGUCGUCUGAAAAUGACACCCACAACUGUCCACCAACUCUGCCGCCCCAUCUAACAUCAGUUUUAUUGCUUCACAACUGACGACCCUCCUAAAAAACGUGCACAAAGCCUCAAUUACCCUACUCAAAUUGCGGUUUAGUGACUUGUUGAUAAGCCCAAAUAACCGGGCUUAUCGUCACAAGCUCACCAACUUCAACCUUCCUGACUUGUUAGCGACGAAAUAGAAUGGAUCAAGAGAAAACAGGGGAAAAGAGAUGGUUCAGAGUGCAACUUCAACACCACUCGCGGGGGAAGAGGCUCUACCGAAUUCAAGGUAGCAACCUGACCACGAUUGAGGUGAUGACUCAAUUGAUACAAGGCUCGCUCGUCGCUGGAAACCAAUCCACACGACAUGGACAAAUCUUUGAGAAAAACACUCAAUGAACAAGGUCUUUGAUU